ACCGCUUCCCACCUGCGUUCUUAGUACCGCCUCCUCGCUCGCUGCAGAGUUGGUCUCAGAGAGCAGCCAGGCGCAGGCCCAGGAGAGGGGCCAACAGCUGGUUCCUCCGGUCGCGGGGAGACAUCCGCAGGAAUGCAGACCACCAUCAGAGGUUGAAUUAUCCCUAUCAUUUGUUAGCCAUUUUAUAAAAUUAGAGAAUUAAAAUAAACACUAUGUCUGAUGAAGUUUUUAGCACAACUUUGGCAUAUACAAAGAGUCCAAAAGUCACCAAAAGAACUACUUUCCAGGAUGAACUAAUAAAAGCAAUUACAGCUCGCUCAGCCAGACAAAGAAGUUCUGAAUACUCAGAUGACUUUGACAGUGAUGAGAUUGUUUCCUUAGGUGAUUUUUCUGACACCUCAGUAGAUGAAAAUUCAGUUAAGAAAAAGAUUAAUGAUUUUCAUAUAUCAGAUGAUGAAGAAAAGAAUUCUCCGAAACUGUCUUUUUUGAAAACCAAGAAAUCAAUCAAUGAUGUGAGGAAAGAUGAGCCAGUAGUCUCUAUCAAAAAUGAUGAGAUGGCACCUGAUGGUGGUAAAGGCAUGAUUGUAAAUCCCUUAUCUGAAUCUCAAAAUAAACAACAAGAAGUUGAAAAAGAGAAAAUUAAAAUGGAAACGAAACCUAGAAUUCUUCCAAUCAAAAGCGCAUCUUCAGAAAAUAACAGCAGCCUUGAAGCAGACAACCACUUUAAGCCUUCACCUCGGCCAAGGAGCAUGUUGAAAAAGCACAGCCACAGGGAAGAGAAAGACAGGCUAGGAGAAGACAAAGACACUGCCCUCCAUGAAGAAUUAGAGGCAUAUUCUACACCUUCAUUCCUCCCAAGGCUGAAUGGCAGACAACCAGAAGCUGAGAAAAAUGCAUUCUCUGAAAACCUUGACCCUGAGGAUGCAUGGUUAACAAGUCUAUCAUCAUCAUCCCCUAAAGAAAGUCUCGGAAACUCCUCUUCACCAGUAUCUGGGGAAAAAUCCUCCAUCACAGAUCAGAAUGAAGAAUGCACUGAAAACCAUAAUUCCUUGAAAUCAAUUGAAAAUGAAGAGAACUCAGUUUUGAUAGACUUUGUUACUACACUUGAGAAACCCAAGGAAAGUCACGUGACUACUGAUGACCUUGAAGAAGAAAAGGAGAAAGCUGAACUGAUUAUGAAUGAUAACUUAACAGUUGAUGAUCCACCACUGUUUCAACUUCAGAGUAUCUUAUGCACUGAGUCUGCAAAGAAAAUAAUUCAAGAUAGAAAUAUGAAGAGUAAAAAGUCAACAAAUAAUAGAGCAUCCAACGCAUCUGGCAGAUUAGUGACCUCUGAGUUAAGGAAACCUGGUUCUCUAAGGAGAACUCCGUUGACAGUUCCCACUUCUCACUAUUUAGGGACUUUGAGAGUCUUGGACCAAAAGCCCUCACAGAAACAGAGCACAGAACCUGACAGAGCAGAUAACAUAAGGGCAGCUGUUUAUCAGGAGUGGUUAGAAAAGAAAAAUGUUUAUUUACAUGAAAUGCACAGAAUUAAAAGAAUCGAAAGUGAAAACUUAAGGAUUCAAAAUGAACAGAAAAGAGCUGCUAAGAGAGAAGAAGCCUUAGCAUCAUUUGAGGCCUGGAAAGUCAUGAAAGAAAAGGAAGCAAAGAAGGUAGCUGCAAAAAAAAGGCUUGAGGAAAAAACCAAGAAGAAAACUGAAGAAGAAAAUGCUGUGAGAAAAAGAGAAGCACUGCAAAGUAACUCUGAACUUUUUCAGUCUUUUGAAAAAUGGAAAGAGAAAAAGAUGGAAUAUCUUAAAGAGAAAAGUAAAAAAGAGAAAGAAUAUGAAAGAGCAAAGAAACAGAAAGAGGAAGAAACUGUUGCUGAGAAAAGGAAAGAUAACGUAACUGCUAUUGAAAAAUGGAAUGAAAAAAAGGAAGCUGUUUUCAAGGAAAAGGAAAAAGAGAAAAUAAAUGAGAAAAGAAAAGAAGAACUGAAAAGAGCUGAGAAAAAAGAUAAAGAUAAACAAGCUCUUGAUGAAUAUGAAAAAUGGCUGUUUUCUAUUUUCUCUUUAGGAAAAAAAAGAAAGGAAGGAAAGAAUUGAACGGAAACAAAAGAAACAUCAUCCCUUUCUUGAAAAUGAGGCACUUCCUCCAUGGAGCCCUCCAAGCAGAACUGUGUUCUCAAAAGUGUUUUGAUAAUUCUUAUUCUUGCAUUAUUUAGUUAUUUAUCAAUUCACCAAUUCUAGCCAAACUAAAUUUAAAACUAUUAAUUCAAUUAUUUAUAGUUAGAAGAGUCUAUUUUAAUUAAAUGCCGGUCACUUCUGCUGACAAUGAAAAAGAUGCUUUACAGUUUAAUCAGUGAAAGCAUUGAAAGCAUUUUUGAACUGUAGAUAAACUGCUUCAAAUGAAGAGCUAAUAAUCAUAUUGCUUUUACCAUUGAAAUACAUAACCCUUUAUCAUGUCCUGAUCAUUUGUAUAGUCUGAUGAUCCAUGAUCACUUUCCCUAACCUGUGCAUGUUAUUAGUAUGUUUAUUCUCCAAUAUAAAAAGAAAACCAUCUAGGUACCAUAAUCAUGAAAUAAUUGAUUUUGCGAAUGAUUGCACCUCUAGAUUCGGGUUUUAAAAUGAAUGGUCACUGGGGAGUAUGCAAAUAUUAUUUCUUCUAAAACUAAUCUUUAGCUCAAAGUAGUUGCAUUUGCACUGUGCAAGUUAGACUUUUGGUCAACUGAGGCAGUAGUUCAGUAGAAUCAUGCAAUCACUGAGGCAUUUUCUUUAAGAAUGUUGCCAUAUGUUUUAAUAUGAGUAUACUUUAUCUGUUUUUGCUUAAGUGACAGUCAUAGGCGCUUUAUAAUGAGCAGACCUCUGAAAUGUGUCUUCCUAAAUUCUAUCUCACUUUUCUAUUUCAUUGAUAUCAAAAGAUGUCCAUUUCAUGGUAAUUAUAUACAUUACUUAUGGAAAUUCCACAAGAGUCCAAGGUCAUUAUCACUAUUUUUAUUUUCCAAACUAAAGCCAUAAAGAUGAUAAUGGCAAUUUUUGUCCUCUUAGCUAAUCCAGAGUCAUCUACCGUAUAUUUAGAAGACAGCUGUAUGGGAAAGUAAUAUGUAGAAAAUGUCCAAAGAAUCUAUUUAUUUGAUCUCUGCAUAUCUUCAUUAAUCGGACUCAUACUUGAACUGGUCAGCUAGUUUAUCACAGACCAAAUAUAUGCUCUCUGAGUUGAAAUGCUACUGCAGCCAAUGAUGCAAUGCAAUGAUAGAUGAGAAAAAAGUUACUAUUUAUGAAGUACCUGUUGUAUCCUCUCUACUAGAUCUUUACAAGUAUUAUUUUUGAUCUUUACAACAACUAUUCAGAGUAUGUGUUAUUAGCUUCAUUUUGCAGAUAAAAAUACUGAGACUCAGAGAAAUCAAAGAACUUGCCACUCAUUUAGCAUGUGACUGAGCUGGGAUUAGAGCUAAUGAAGUCUCUCUACCUCUAGAAUUCAGAUGCUCAUGUUCAUGCUCUCAUGUGACCUCAGAGAACUGUAAAUUCUGUCAAGACCUCUGUAUUAUAUCAACCUUAAAAACACAUCUUACUUCUCAGAUCCUAAAAUCAUGUAUUGUUAUCCAGAGAUUAUCUUCCCUUUAAGAAAUAGCUGUUUGUUAUUAGAAACAGUUAACCUCAUUAGAUCUUCAAAAUGAAAAAAAUAAUUCAUAGUAUUUAUGGAGUUAGUCAAAUGCCCGUGUCUAGUAUUAGAAUGUCAGAGCACCCAGCGGGUUAUGGAACUUAGGCUUUCAGACAGUUACUCGGGAGGUUUCACACUCUGAGGAUUAGCCUUCUUGCUGCAGUGGAUGUGCAAGGUAAGAAAGGUGUCGUGGAUCACUUUGUAAGAUCACAUCAGUGCUACAGAUAAAUUUAAAAAUUUCAUAAAUAAAACUGGGAGCCUUUUUAUACUACUGGAACGAGGAGAAUCUGUCAUGAAAUUGAACUAAUUACCAGCAGUAUCAGUAUGGGAUUUAGGACCUCCCUUAGUUCAUUUGUGUGUCCCCCACAGUACCAAACAGAAAAGAUUAAGUAUUUAUUGUAUUGAAUUCUAUUCAGGGCUUAAAAGAUAUUUGCAAAUUCCAGGGAAGUAGAAGGAAAAAUAGAAAAAUGUAUAGCUACUUUUAUGAAUGUAAGAUCUUAAGUGUGUGUCAUAGAUUUCACAUUAAAUAUUGACUUAAGCAUUCUGAACAUUUUCUUCUAAUUUAUCAUGCAUAGUGGAUUAACUGUUAUCACCUCUGAGUUGUGAGAAUUGAAGUUAGUUAAUUAAUAUAAAGAAUAUGGCACAUAAGAAAAGGCUUAAUAAAUGUUCAUUGUUUUCACUUA